UCUUAUUGGGAUUGGUGUUGCAAUGGCUACUGAAGCUCAAUUUGCACCAAGUAUGCCCAAUAGAACUUACAAGUCAAUGCUUAUUCCACUCAUGCAACAAGAUAAAAGAUUAGGUACAAAUUCGCUAUUUUGAGAUCUUAGGCAUAUUGCAAAUGUUAGUUUCAAGUGUCACUAUACUUAGAGAUCAUAACCCCUCCGAAUGGAAGUUGGACACACUUAUUGUAGGUGAAACGACUCAGAGAGGGUUCUAUAUAUACGAUAAAAGACGCAAGGCCAAGCCUGAUCCAGAAAUUAACAAGUAUAUUGACAAGGCAAGAGAGAUUUCGGGUGUCACUAUUGAUCCUAAGCUGGCAAAACUCUCGGACAAGGAUAUCGUCGAAAUGAUAUUGUUCCUUGUAGUUAAUGAAGCAUGCAGAUUACUUGCUGAAGGCAUUGCCGUCAAACCUGCUGAUCUUGACAUUGCUUCUGUCAUGGGAGGGUUCCCUCCUUACAGGGGAGGGAUCAUAUAUUGGGCAGAUACUCUUGGAUCCAAAUACAUUUGUUCAAGAUUGGUUGAGUGGGCAAGAAUGUAUGGGAACUUUUUCAAGCCUUGUGCCUACUUAGCUGAAAAAGCUGCUACUGUGGUUCCUCUGAGUACAACAAUGGAUCCUGCAAAGUCACGCCUAUAAAAUCAGUUAUGUUUGAGCAAUCUUCAAUUUUCAGAACUAUAUUGUUUGUUUACUGUACUGCGGUGUGUUGGAUAGAUUUAUGAAUGUGGUUAAUAAUGUAUUAAUGGAGAAGGAAGGAAUAUAGAUUACUUAUGUAACUUAAAACUUAACCAUCCCAGAACAAUUUGGGAAUUUCUUUA